UUAAUUUGGCGCCUUUUUUCCCCGCUUGCCGCUUCGUGAAUCGUGAACUAUUUUGCUACUACUAGCAAUAAUCUUUAAUUUACGAGGAUUUACUCUUAAUACGUGUAUUUAAAAGUUUCCAUUUGUGUGUCCUUUACUUUAGUGCCUUUAAACCUUAAAUAAACCGCAAACAUGUUUGAGGCACGAUUACUCCGAAGCUCAAUCCUCAAGAAGGUGCUGGAAGCCAUAAAAGAUCUCCUCACACAAGCUACAUUUGAUUGUGAUGACAAUGGGAUUCAACUUCAGGCUAUGGACAACUCUCACGUUUCCUUGGUAUCCCUGACUCUUCGAGCUGAUGGUUUUGACAAAUAUCGGUGUGACCGCAAUAUCUCCAUGGGAAUGAACUUGGGAAGCAUGUCCAAGAUCCUGAAGUGUGCGGGUGACAAGGACACUGUGACCAUGAAGGCGCAGGACAACGCCGACACCGUCACAUUCGUGUUCGAGAGCCCCAACCAGGAGAAAGUGUCCGACUAUGAGAUGAAACUUAUGAACUUAGAUCUGGAGCAUUUAGGUAUCCCUGAGACUGAAUACAGCUGCACCAUCCGGCUGCCGAGCGCCGAGUUCGCGCGGAUCUGCCGUGACCUGUCACAGUUCGGUGAAUCCAUGGUCAUCUCAUGCACCAAAGAAGGAGUGAAGUUCUCAGCGACCGGCGACAUCGGCUCCGCGAACGUGAAGCUGGCGCAGACUGCCUCUGUGGACAAGGAGGAGGAGGCGGUGGUCAUUGAGAUGGAGGAGCCCGUCACGCUCACCUUCGCCUGCCAGUACCUGAACUACUUCACUAAGGCCACGUCAUUGAGCCCUCAGGUACAACUUUCCAUGUCGGCUGAUGUGCCGCUCGUGGUUGAAUACCGCAUCCAGGACAUCGGCCACAUCCGCUACUACUUGGCUCCCAAGAUUGAAGAGGAAGAUAGUUAAAUAAUCUGUUAAUUUGUAAGUCAUCAGCGCACAUCCAUCCUUGUAUUCCAUUUGUGGUUAUGUUAUGUUCCAUUUUCUAUGUUCAUGUUUACAUCUACAGUUUACACUGUGUAUUACGAUAAAUUGUGAUAAUAGUGUUUGUUAAUUAAGGCACAAUAAACAUAUUUUUUAUGAUAAAGACAA